CUGAUGAUAUGAACAAUUAUAAACUAAAUGAUAUGAUAUUUGAGCUCGAGCUAUCUCUUAAUUUAAUUGAUGAGAGCCGAACUCAGGUAACAAACAAGACAAAGUUUUCGUAAACAAGCUAAUCUCGAGCUCACUCAUUUUAAUGAGCCGUGUUCAAACUGGGUCAAAACUCGUCUAGACUAAACUCAUGUGUAGUCAUAUAUAUACAAGAAUAAGAAUACCAUUAUCUUUAUCUCUCGUAUAUAAUAAUUAUUCAUUUUUAAGCAUAAAAGAAUAUUUAUAUAUUGUAUCAUGUACCAAUACAGAGUAUCUGGCCAUUUUGGGAUCCUCCACUCUCCAAUCCCAGAUUCGAGCAUAUCAACGAUAAUUUUCGUUUUUCUUUUCCUUUUUAUCUUCCAAGUGAGCACUUUGUUUAAUUUCUAAUUGGUGAUUUAAUAUCCAACUAAUCUCCAUUAUCCCAAAAAAAAAACAUAUAUCCAACUAAUUAAAUCCUAAAUUCACUUAUGCUUCCAAAGGCUUGGAUUCAGCUCUAAACCAGCCAUAUGAUGGAAGAUAAUUUUAAGGAGAUACGACAACUAUAAUCGUUAUAGUCAUUUUUCCAAUAUGUAAUUUAUCGGAAUAGCAACAGAACAACUCAUGUGAGUAAUCAUAAAUCUCGCUCAACGCGUUUCCUACAAUUUUGAUAGAUUAUAAUUAUCAUUAUUAUUGAUUAUUGAUCUUGAACCUAUACACGUAUCUAUUAGUUUCUCGAAGUAUAUAUAUGAAGGAAGAAAAUAUCGAAUUUAAAACAUGUUCUUCAUCAAUGUAGUGACUAGUGAGCACAAAAUUUCUAUAUAUGUUCAAGUGAAAAAGAAAAAGAAAAAUAACCAUUAAAAAAAUCUGGAAGGCAAUGGGCCUCCACAUGAAAUGACGAGGGAGUGAAUCUUGAACGCAGCAUGAGCCUGGGCCCAUAUCUUAGAGCGUGACGGGCCGUCAUCUUAACAGUUUUAUGACUACACGACGAAACUGCCACUGUUCCUUGCUCCACGCUGAAAGCCUAACCUAUUUUACAUCAUAUUAAUUAAUUAAUUAAUUGGCUCAUUUGUAUAUGUAACAAGAUUAGAUUGGAGCAAUAGAAUAGGAAGACUAAGAUCUCCAGUUAGAUUCUUCAAAGUACAGCUACUCCUGAUAGGUACAAUUUGUUUUCGUAGUUUAAGUGGAGUCCAAUUAUAUCUUUAUCUCAUUACUACGUUAGUUUUCUUUUGUCUAUACGUUACUAUAUCGCUUUCAUACAAUUGAUACGUUCAUCUCAUCUUUCUAUUUAAUAUGAGCAACUUUGUCAGUACAUUUUCUUGCUCAUUAGAUCAUUUGCCAGUAUUAUUUUAGGUUAUCAAUACUCUAGAACCUAAUCCUCACCCUGCUCAAGUUGAGUUUAAUAGCAAUACAAUCAGCAGAGUCUAAUAUCAAUCUAUAACAUUUUUCUAACAAAUCGUCAUGUAUGUUACAGAAACUUUACCAGAAGUAAGCAACGGGAGGAUCCACCAACAAUCUACAAACAUUUUCCACAACAAACAAACAAGUACAACAGCUUGAGGUUCAUCACAAAACUUGGACCAAACACCAGAAAGAUACAAGGGGGGAACUCAAACUCGUGUCUAGAUUGCAGAAGGGAAGUGAUGCCAGCGGCGGGUUCUCUGUCUAACACGCCUUACAACUCCUUCUGCAGUAGCCAGGAAGUUCAGCUGAACCCAGCAUGUACUCGGGAUUCUUGGUGCACUCCCCUAGGGCUGCCCACCUCUCGCAGCUCUCAUUCUGGUCGGUGCAGUUCCCGCCAACCUCUACGUUCUUGUCGAAUGAGUCCACGUGGAUCCACUUUGUUGCUGACCAUUUCUCGCCCUCGAUCACUGGGCAACCAGCAUGGAGGCUGCUGGUGUCCGGUAUGGCUGUUGGGAGCAGGCUGAAGAAUAACAGUGCAUCUCCUCUUCGUGGUUUCACUGCAAGGUUUUAGUUCGAAACACUAGUGAGCUGAGAUGAUGAGAUGACACCCACUCUGGGGAAAAGGAAAUUGAACAAGAAAGAGAAAAUUGAGAUGGCCCCAAUGUCCUAUUGUCAAUAAAGCAGUUGAUCAUCAUGUACGAGUUCUGUGCCUAAAUGGUCAUUAAACUAUGUGGUUUGCA